CUACUGAAAGCCUACCAACCAGACUUCAAACUUCAAACUUGAGCGAGACGACGGAGAAGAGAAUUGAGGAUGGCAGCUCGCAAGAGACCCUCAGCCACAAAUUCAACGGCAACAGACACCUCCAAACCAACAACCCCAGUAUCAGUCCCUCCAAAAACCGAUGACCCACCAAUCGCCCCUCCUAAAUCGGGUUUAAUUUUGAAGCUUUUUUUCAUAUUGUCAUUGCCUUACUUUUACCUCAUUUUUUACCACUACCAGCUUGAAUCUGAGCUCCGGAGAUCCAUUCUUAUCAAUGCUGGACUCAGUCUCGCUGGCUUCUUUGUCACCCAGAAGAUGAUACCCGUCGCUUCUACAUACGUUUUGAGGAGGAACUUGUUUGGUUUUGAUAUCAACAAGAAGGGCACCCCGCAAGGCACUGUUAAAGUACCAGAGUCAUUGGGUAUUGUUGUUGGGAUUGUAUUCAUGGUCUUGGCCAUAUUGUUUCAGUAUUUUAACUUUACUGCAGACUCAAAUUGGCUUGUUGAGUACAAUGCAGCAUUAGCAUCCAUAUGCUUCAUGCUUUUGCUUGGAUUUGUAGAUGAUGUCCUCGAUGUCCCUUGGAGAGUGAAGUUAUUACUGCCGUCAUUUGCUGCUCUUCCCUUGUUGAUGGCAUAUGCUGGACAUACCACUAUUAUUAUACCAAAACCUCUUGUUCCUUAUGUUGGCUUCAAGAUUUUGGAUCUAGGAUGGAUAUAUAAACUAUAUAUGGGGCUUUUGGCAGUUUUUUGUACAAACUCCAUUAAUAUUCAUGCUGGUUUGAAUGGCCUUGAAGUGGGGCAAACUGUUGUGAUUGCAUCUGCUAUUUUGAUACAUAAUAUCAUGCAAAUUGGAGCGUCUGUGGAUCCUGAGUAUAAACAGGCACACGCAUUCUCUAUUUAUCUGGUUCAACCCUUAUUAGCCACAUCAUUGGCUUUGUUUUCUUACAACUGGUAUCCCUCUUCAGUUUUUGUUGGAGACACUUACACGUACUUCGCUGGUAUGGCUAUGGCUGUAAUUGGGAUUCUAGGCCAUUUCAGUGAGACACUGCUGAUUUUCUUUGCCCCUCAAGUGAUAAACUUUCUCUUGUCAGUCCCCCAGCUUUUUGGCUUCGUCAAAUGCCCACGGCAUCGUUUGCCUAGGUUUGACCCUCAGACUGGAUUGUUGACUGGGACGAAUGACGGGACACUUGUUAACUUCUUCUUAAGAAUAUUUGGCAAGAUGUCAGAAAAUAGACUUUGCACUGCACUUCUUGUUUUCCAGGCUAUCGCAUGCGCACUAUGUUUUGUGCUGAGGUACUUCCUCACUGGUUGGUACAAAUGAGGCUGAGGCAGCAGUGUAGUGUCCAAGAAAUUAUCUUCUUGUUAUAGUUUUUAACUUUUGCUUACAAAAAUUGAGAAUGUUGUGGCAUAUGAUAUGAGUUUUCGGUGUAGAAAAAAGAGUAAGUUUAAGCCAGCAAUUCCCAAGUACAUUUUUUGGCAUUUUGAUAUCCACACAGAUGUUGCUAACGCAAUAUAGAAUAUGAAAGCAUAAUACUUGUUUGGAGAAGUGAAAUCGCAUUCAUUUUCUU